AAGAAAAAUGUAUCAACUUUUCAUUAUCUUCAUUUAUAUUUUCAUCCGGAUAACAUUUCUAACGAGUGCUUUAGAAGCCGAUACAAGGCUGGAUGAGCUGGACUGCCCUGCUAUCUUAAUGUAUGAGCAGAUUGCAUUUGUGCAGGAUAGUGAUAUUGAACUUCCGUGCCGCUGCAAGACUGAUGGCACCGCAUCAGUGAUAUGGUUCUACAAAAGGCAUCUUAAGAGCAAGCACAUCACAUUAUUUAAGGAUAGCACCAAAACUAAAGUGAUGGUGGAUAGUGCAAAAGAUAAGAACCAAAAAGAUUUAUAUGCAAGGUUUGAUGUCAUCGACUACGACCUUGUGAUUGUCCAUGCCAAACCCGACGACUCUGGCAUUUAUAUCUGUGGCUCAAAGACGGGCGAGUUCUAUUAUGGUUAUGAACUUGAUAUCCAGAGUACAGGUGAUCGAGUGAUAUUCAUUGAAAAUGAUGAAACCCCUCUUCCAGAUGUUAAAACAGAUGGAUUUCAAGCCUACACCAGCUCCGAACAAUGGUCCAAAUGCGAUCGAUGUGGGGUUAGAGGAGAGCAAAGAAAAAUUGGCCUGUGCUAUGCCAGUAGCCCGUAUAUUGAUCCACGUUUCCAAAUCAAAGGUGACGAAGUUUCAUGUGGCUCAGAUGCUAUCCCUGAAAGAUUCAAGUCACUGAUUGCCAAUCGCCCAGCGGAGAUAUUUAUAAGGAGCUGUAAAGUCGACUGUCACAAUAUAUCAGGCACGGUGGGAAAAGUAGUGAAUUUUGUGAGCAAUGUUGUAAAAGGGGUUGGAUCGUUUUUGACAGACAAAUUGAGUUUUCUCCAAAAACACGUAUUGCCCACCCAGAACCAUGUUUAUACUUUGGGUUCAAAAGUGAUACUUACUUGUCCAGGAGCAAAACCAAAUGAUGCAGUAGCCUGGGACAAAGGUAGAGAGAGACUGUACCGCAGUGAAUACCUGAUUGGAACGCGCAAAUACAUGAACCAUUUCAUAGACCAUGGGAACAAGUUACAAAUGAAAUUUGUUGAAUUCACUGACCGAGGAUUUUACACUUGCUGGCUUAACGGAAAGAAGGUAGCUAAUUUCCAGCUGGAUGUAGUCACAGAACCGACCUCGCACCGACAAUUGACAGACGAAGAGUCUAUUUUUGCUAUGAAGUUCAUUGGUUUCAGUUUUCUAGUCUUCACAGUCAUAUUGGUCAUGAUUCAUUUCAUCAAGUGCUGGUGCUACUACUGCAGAUGCUGUCCACCUGAAUACUCUACAGAAAGUAAAGUUUAAAGACAGUGGUGCCUUAAGCUAUUUAUCAAUAAAUAUAGGACUUUUUGUUU